CGACGACCUACCACCAUACCACCUCCAGUCAGGAUGGCCAGCGCACUCCUCCGCCGCCAUCUCCCCCUGCGCAAUGCCGCUCGCUCCGCCAAUGCGGCUACCAGGACUUUGUCGACGAGCACGCCGCGCCGCCAGGAGCAAAAGGAGAGCGACGCCGAGCUGGGCGCUCGCACGCGCGGGGCCAAAAACGUGUUUCAGGCGCACACGGUGGAGGAUUUGCAUGGGCUGACCGCGGCUGAGAUUUUGGCGGAGACGGGCACAAGGGCGGAUGCGAAGCUGAGGCACUUUACGGUUAACUUUGGUCCUCAGCAUCCUGCCGCUCACGGUGUGCUCCGCAUGAUACUGGAGCUCAACGGCGAGGAGAUUCUCCGCGCUGACCCCCACGUCGGUCUCCUUCACCGUGGUACUGAGAAACUGAUCGAAUACAAGACUUACACUCAAGCCCUUCCUUAUUUUGACCGUCUCGACUACGUCUCCAUGAUGACGAACGAACUCUGCUUCUCCCUCGCCGUCGAGAAGCUGCUCAACAUCGAGGUUCCCGAGCGCGCCAAGUGGAUUCGUACCCUCUUCGGCGAAAUCACCCGUGUCCUCUCUCACCUGAUGGCUGUCCUCACGCACGCCAUGGACGUUGGCGCCCUGACGCCCUUCCUGUGGGGCUUCGAAGAGCGCGAAAAGCUCAUGGAGUUCUACGAGCGCGUCUCGGGCGCGCGCAUGCACGCCGCGUACGUGCGGCCGGGCGGCGUCGCGUUCGACAUCCCGCACGGCCUGCUCGAGGACAUCCACAUGUGGGCGACCCAGUUCUCGUCCCGCGUCGACGAGAUCGAGGAGGUCGUGACCGGGAACCGCAUUUGGAAGGAGCGCACGGUCGGCAUCGGCAUCGUCACUGCGCAGGAGGCGCUCGAUUACUCGUUCUCGGGUGUUAUGCUCAGAGGGAGCGGGAUUCCGUGGGAUCUAAGAAAGGUUGCGCCGUAUGAUAAGUAUGAUGAGGUCGAGUUUGAGGUGCCGGUGGGGAAGAAUGGGGAUUGCUAUGACCGGUACUUGUGCCGUGUUCAGGAGUUCAGAGAGUCGUUGCACAUUAUUCACCAGUGCUUGAACAAGAUGCCCACUGGUGCUGUCAAGAUCGACGAUAACAAGCUCGUCCCACCACCUCGCGCGUCCAUGAAGGAGAGCAUGGAGUCUCUCAUUCAUCACUUCAAGCUCUUCUCCGAGGGUUACUCCGUUCCCCCUGGCGAGACUUACAGCGCUAUUGAGGCGCCCAAGGGCGAGAUGGCCGUCUACCUCGUGUCGGAUGGCACCAACCGCCCAUACCGUUGCAAGAUUCGCGCACCUGGAUUUGCUCACCUUGCGGGUUCUGACUUCAUGAUGAGACGUAAGUAUCAUUUGCUUUAUGAUAUACGACCAGCCGCUGACUGUGUUCACAGAUGUAAGACACCUAUGAGGUCUAGUGAGCGUCAUGAUACUGACGUUUCUUCAUAGCACAUGCUUGCAGACGCCGUUGCCAUCAUCGGUACUAUGGUACGUUUUGACGUCUUGUGUGUGCAUUCGUCCCUAUCUAACAACACGUGUCCAUAGGAUCUUGUGUUCGGGUACGGUUUCGGCCUGAUGCCAUCUUCCUUUGUAGUUGCGUUUACUUAUUCUUUCUUUGCAGCGAGGUCGACCGGUAGGUUGUGUAGGUUGUGCUAUAGAUUGGCGGCACAGUGGAGGGGGUACACGCACGCGCGGUCGUGUAUGUCUCGUAGAGAUGUACCUAG